AUGAGUGAAUUUAAACAAAUGGAGAUUGAAUCGUACAUUUUAAAUUUCAAAGCGAGACACACUGAAAUAAUAAAGCAAAAACUGUAAAAGCUGCAUGAGGAAGAAUCUGCGGAUUAAUUGUAACCAUUUUAUUAAGCUUUCCUAAAGAACUGUAGAGACUAUUUGCAUCAAAAAUUGAAAUUGACUUGUAAAAAGGUUCUAGAUGAAGACCUAUUAGAACUUUUAAAAGUAAAUAUUUUUUUGGCAGAAUUAUCUUAUUCAAUAAGCAAGGAAGUCCCAGAGCUCAAGUCCUAUCCUCUUACUUUUAGUGAAGAUAUCUAUGAAUGUUUGUCUCUUUCGGAACUUUACGAUUACUUUAACAAUUUAUAUAGUUAGAUAUCCACAAUAUCGAAAUUCCAAGACGAGAACAAAUAUGUUUUACUGAGAAUUUGCAAUUCGAUGCUCAAACGACUGUCAACAACCCAUGACACUUUUUUGAGAGGAUAAGUUUAAAUAUUCUUGACCCAAAUAUUCUCAACAAUACAUCCAUCCUUGAGGAAGAAGCCAAUCAAUAUAAGGGAUAGAGGAUUUGAUGAAGAAUCAGUCAAAGUGAAUGCCUCAUUGCCGUAUUCCUUUUAUAAAAAUUUUUGGACUUUACAAAAAUAUCUAAAUAAUUCUGAAUUAAUAUUCAAAAACAAAGUGGAGUUUGAUGACAUUGGCGAAGAAGCUGGAUAAGUAACUCAAGGAGUCUCUGAACCUCAAAGAACAAAAAACCUGUAGGCUGUGAUAAAAGUCAUAAUGAGAGCUUUGCAAUAUUUCAAAGAAAAUCCUUUAGAACCUGAAAUCAUAACAGUGAAAAGAUUUCCUAAAUUCCUUACAAAAUAUUCUUUAUUCAAGAAUUAAUUAAAUGAUCCUUACUUUAGAAAGUUGUUCUUGAAUUAAGUUUUAUUGUUUAUUUUUGUAGCUGAACUUGAGAAUCAUGAAAAAUAAUUCAUAUAGAAUUUGAAAAUUGAAGUACAAAAAUAAUUAGAUGAAUUAGGAGAUAAAUUAGGAGAGAAGGUUCAACAUUUAAUUGAUACAGAACGAACUUGGCGACUUUGGGUGACAGAAAAACAAUGCUUUGAUGAUGGCUAUGAAAAACUAAGUAUUAAAGCCUCUGAGAAAGCAAAAAAGAAAAGAUAAGAAAUACAGAAGCGAAUUUAUGAUGACCUCAAAUAUAAAUAGACAGACACAUUUUAACAAAUUUUACAAGAUUAAGGAAGACCUUACAAAAUAGAAACUAAUCCUAUUGAACCAGGGUUAAAUUAUUAUUUAAAUGAAGUGUUUUAUUAAUUAGAUCAGAAUCGUAAAAUUGCUGACAAUGAAAGAUGUAAGAAUUUGAAGGAUUAUGCUUGGAAAUCAGUUAGAGUUAUCUCCAAAUUUCUUUUGAAAGAAUUAAAAAUUACUAAUCUAAUUACUUAGGAAUUGAAACCAUUACCUAAUCUGGAAGACAUUGUAGAAAACUUGAAGAAUGCUGGAAAUGAAAUGACAGCAGAAAGAUAAUAAUAAUCUAAUAAUAAUAACAAUAAUUAAAAUAAUAACAAUAAUAAUAAUAAUAAUAACAAUAAUAAUAACACUAACAAUAAUAACAAUAAUAAUAAUCCUGUUACAAUCAAACCUGUUCACAUAAAUUAAUAAAUAUCAAACUAGAAGUGA